AUGAUUGGGACGGGAACUGAGAGGGAAGGUCUCUACUAUCAUGAUACUGCAAAGACAGCUGGGUGCAAUUCCGUUUCAGUAGUUGUUCCUUCUUCUUCUCGACUUUGGCAUCAACGCUUGGGUCAUCUUUCAAAUAAAAGCAUGCGUGCUCUUUCCCUUUCUAAGAACAUGAAAUUUUGUGACAUUGAUGAUUGUUUGGUUUGUCCCUUAGCUAAACAAACUCAUCGUCCUUUUCCCUUAAGUUCUAUUAGUUCAUUUGCGCCAUUUGAAUUAAUUCAUGUUGAUAUUUGGGGUGGUUAUCACGUUCCUUCCAUCACUAAGGCACAAUACUUCUUGACCCUUGUAGAUGAUUACUCCAAAUGUACAUGGGUUUAUUUAAUGCACCACAAAUCAUAUGCACUUCAAAAGCUCACUACCUUCAUCAAUCUUGUUGAAGCACAAUUUUCUUCCCAGGGAUUUUACAUCACACUAGUUGUGUCUCCACUCCAUAGUAAAAUGGAGUAG